CCAGGUUCUUCUCUGCGACCAUUUCCAACUCGAUACUCUUCCCAGAACACUGAAAACCCCACCGAAUCAACCUUCCAUUCCCUCUUAUUUUUCUUCCCGCCGGCGGGAAGAGGAGGAUUCGGCGAUUUAGUUUGCGGCAGAAACAAGGCAGUGGUCGUUGGGUUAUCUCGCUUCCCGCCGGGUGUUAUCAGUUGUUUCUUGGUUCAGAUUUCGAAUUACGGUGAUCGCCGGGAUAAUAGAUGGGUGAUACGGGCGGUUUCUCCCAAAUGCAUGUUUGAGGGGUAGUGUUAGUUUGACAGGAAAUCCGAUUUUAGGAUCCUUACUAAAGCUUGACAGUUGGAGUGUUCUUGACAUGUUACAUUGCUCCAGUGACUGAAGUAUGCUGAACUUUCUUGUUUCAUUCUGUUGUUGGGAUUUGAGAUACAGGGUUGAUUUGGACAAAUGGCGGAUCCUGGAACUAGCAGAUCGAAGGUGCAGGUCUACUUAGAUGCGGAGCAUGCAAAGUGCAGCAUUUGUUUAAGCUUAUGGCAUGACGUUGUCACCGUCGGUCCUUGCCUUCAUAAUUUCUGCAACGGAUGCUUCUCUGAAUGGUUAAGGAGAUCACAGAAGAAACAGUUGAAAGUUCUGUGUCCUCAGUGUAGAGGAGUCGUGCAAUUUGUCGGUAAAAAUCACUUUCUGCACAAUAUAGAAGAGGACAUAAUCCGGUCUGAUUCUUCACUAAAGAGGUCUGAAGAAGAAAUUGCUCAACUUGACACCUAUGCAAUGAUACACUCAAGCAUUGUAAUGGAGCCUGGAAAGAAUCGUGAACGUAAAAGGACACGUGUUGAAUCAGAAGCUCCAGAUGAGGAUUUUGUUGAGUUCUUAGAAAGAUUUGGUGUUACCUCUCCUCAAUGCUUGCAAUGUGGUACCGAGUAUAAUGGAUUCUGCAGCAAUGGGAAUACAGUCCACUUAGAAUGUCAUGCCUGUGGUGGUAAAAUGCCUCUGAGAGUCAAUUCUGAUGCACCUCAACAUUGUUUAGGAUGUGAAAGACCUUUUUGUGGGGCUUACUGGCCUGCUCAGGGAAAUGUCCUACGUUAUCCAUGCAGCCUAGAUAGUUUCAAACCGAUCUCAGAUCGCUCCAUCUCAAUAAUUCCACAUUUGGCUCAUCAAACUAAUCAAGUUGAAAAGGAUGUUACACAAAGGUGUAUUAGACAGAUGGGGAGAACGCUACCUGAUGUUGUCUCAGAAUGGAUAGCAAAGUUGGACAACGGGGAAAUUGAUCGAUCGAGGCUGCCUCUAAAGCAUGCAGACAGUAUUUCAUCUAGUACACAUGUAUGCUGUGAGUGUUACGAUAAGUUGGUGUCAUUUCUCUUGUACUGGUUCCGCAUUGCCACUCCCAAACACCACCUACCACCGGAUGCUGCUAACCGGGCUGAUUGUUGGUAUGGCUACGAGUGCCGGACACAGCACCAUAACGAACAGCAUGCUCGUAGAUUGAAUCACGUCUGUCGUCCGACUAGGAGCUCCAGCAACAAUUAAAGCAGUAGCAGACUAGCAGUGGGCCUGGUUCUAGACUGGGAUGGUGGUGAUGGUGAUGGUGAUGCUGCUGCCUUUUGGGUUUCCCCUGGCGGUUCUUGUCUGUAUAGACCAGGGUUGAAUGAAGCUAAAUUAUGAUCUUAUUAUCGUACUAUGUGCCGCGAUGGUAUGGUUGGUCUAGUGUUAGAUUAUGGAUGAUGAACAUCGAUGGUCAUAGUUUGGUUCUCAGAACUUAGUUUGACGUAUGUGUAAUAUGUGCCUCAGAUCCUUCGAUGGCAUUGUCUACAUGUAAAUUGGCUACGAAUGAUGUGCCUUCUAAAGUGUUUGGAAUGUUUUAGGUACAUGAGUAAUUAGAAUUAUUAAUUGCCCAG